UAUGCUGUGAUGAAGAGUAUCGCUUGGUGCGUCACCUUAUGCAGAAUUACGACGCUUCAGUGCGCCCCGUGGAAAACUCCUCGCAUCCUCUCCUCGUUACCUUCGGAGUCUCACUCCAUCACAUUAUUGAUGUGGAAGAAAAAGAUCAGUUGCUGACAACAAACUGCUGGAUCACGCAAGUAUGGAUGGACUAUCACCUCCGAUGGAAUACGAGCGACUUCGACGGAAUCGGCGUCAUAAGGAUACCUUUCGAGAGGGUGUGGAAACCUGACAUUAUUCUUUACAAUAACGCGGAUCCCAACUACCGUUCCGCGGUUAUCAACACGAACGUGAUCGUUCGUCACACGGGCGAAGUGACGUGGCUUAGUCAUGGCAUCUACGUGUCUGUGUGUGACAUCAACGUGGAACAGUUCCCGUUUGACGUGCAGCUGUGCACCAUGAAGUGGGCCUCAUGGACUUACGAUGGUUUUCAGUUGGACUUAAUAAAACAAUUCGACGAAGGCGACACAACGAACUACCAGACGAAUGGGGAGUUCGACCUAGUGAGCUUCGAGGCUAACAAGCACAUGAAGUAUUACUCCUGUUGCGUGGAGCCCUACCCUGACAUCACGUACAUCAUCAAGCUGCGGAGAAGGCCCAUGUUCUACGUGUUUAACCUCAUUCUCCCGUGCUUGCUUAUUAAUGGGAUCGCUCUUCUCGUGUUCUACGUACCGUCGGAGUCUGGCGAGAAGGUGACCUUGGGGAUCAGUGCACUACUCUCCAUGACGGUGUUUCUCAUGACCAUCAGGGACACCUUGCCACCAACAGAGAAGACUCCACUUAUUAGUCUGUAUUACGGAGUUAGUACGUGUCUAGUAUCGUUCUCGGCCUCCCUCUCCGUGGUCACUCUAAAUAUAUCCUACAGAGGAGUGAGAGGGCAGCCGGUGCCGGCCGCGCUGCGCGAGCUCGUGCUGCAGCGGCUCGCGCGGCUGCUCUGCAUCAACUUCGAUGUGGACGCCAAGGGUGACAGCACGCCAGUAGCGGUGGGAGUGCAGGUGAACCCUCGCACCGGCUCGCGCCUGAAGGCGGAGCUGAGCUGCGACGGCGCGCCCUUGCCGCCGCCCUCGCCGCGCUUCGCCCGGCACAACCACAACCACAUGGCAGGAGCGAUGGGUGCACAGAGUGACGCGAGCACCGAGGCCUGUCCGACAGCGUGCGUCCGCUGCGCAUGCUGCGGCUGCACGCUGCGCGAGGCCGCCGCGCGCCACGAGCAGCGGGUCGCCGCUAACGAGCGCCUCGAACGUGCCAAUCUUGAGUGGAAACAGGUGGCAGUGGUGGCGGACCGGGCGCUGCUGGCGGUGUUCGUGCUGGUGACUGCCAUAUCCACGGCGGCCAUCCUCCUGCCCCAGCUCACCAACCUGCACGUCGGAAACACGCCCUUGAAACCACCCACUUAGAACACAAUUUCAAAUGUUUCGGAAACAAACUUUUGUGCCAACGAAUAAUUAUUACCCUAUGGUCAAAAUUGUG